AUGGCCCCCAAGACGGAGAAGAAGCCGGCGGUGAAGAAGCCCGUGGAGGAGGAGCCCGCGGCCGAGAAGGCCCCGGCCGGCAAGAAGCCGAAGGCGGAGAAGCGGCUGCCGGCGGGGAAGACGGCGGCCAAGGAGGGCGGCGAGGGCAAGAAGGGGAAGAAGAAGGCCAAGAAGUCCGUCGAGACCUACAAGAUCUACAUCUUCAAGGUGCUCAAGCAGGUGCACCCGGACAUCGGCAUCUCCUCCAAGGCCAUGUCCAUCAUGAACUCCUUCAUCAACGAUAUUUUCGAGAAGCUCGCCGGCGAGUCCGCCAAGCUCGCGCGCUACAACAAGAAGCCCACCAUCACGUCCCGGGAGAUCCAGACCUCCGUCCGCCUCGUCCUCCCCGGCGAGCUCGCCAAGCACGCCGUCUCCGAGGGCACCAAGGCCGUCACCAAGUUCACUUCCGCCUAGGCUGCUGUGUUGUGUUCUCGGAGAGUGGCUCCUUUCUUCUGUUUCGUCUUUAGGUGAAAUCGGUGUUACU